ACUGCACUGUCAGUGUCAGUGUCAAUGUCAACCAAACCAACCAAACAGUAAAAAACAAAAAUCUCACAAAAAAAUAACAAAAUAAAAUGGUAUGAUGGAGCUAUUGCUUAGAUUUGUGCCAACAAAUACGCUCAGAGUAACCACAUCUAGGAUAUUACUAAACCAUGUAGCCAAUUACACCAGAUUAGCCGAAGUGGGUAAAUUAGAGCAGCCAAAGACAUCAGGGAAGUACGACACUGGGCAGUUGAUCCUGCACAAGGUUUUUGGUUACCGAGGUGUGAUUCUGUUUCCGUGGCUGGCCCGUGUGUACGACCGUGAUGCAGCGAACAGGAAGGAGAGCCAGGCGCCCGCGGACGCGGAGGCCUCGGGGGACUCCCUGUCCAACGUAGGCAAGGAGGUGAAGGGCCGCACCCACACCUUCUACCAGGUCCUCAUAGAUACAAGAGAUGCUCCAUACAUAGCUGUGCAAACAAACUACGACAUGAGACCCGAAUGGAAAAAGAAGCGAGCACAAACAGAAGCAGUAACCUUCCUCGGCAACCAGGAGUCGAGCCGGAGCCUCUACGCGAUCCCCGGGCUGGACUACGUGGCGCACGACGACAUCAUCCCGUACGCGUCGGCGGAGCGCGCGCCGCUGCAGCACGAGCUGUUCGACAAGUUCCUCAUGCACAACCCCGACAAAGAACCCCCGUUCGUGGCCCAAGAGACCCUCCGCGCGUGGCAGAAGAAGAACCACCCGUGGCUGGAGCUGAGCGACGUGCACCGCGAGACCACGGAGGGCGUGCGCGUCACCGUCAUCCCCUUCUACAUGGGCAGCCGCGAGGCGCAGAACUCCGCUGUGUACUGGUGGCGCUACUGCAUCCGCCUAGAGAACCUAGGCUCCCAAGCAGUGCAACUCCGCGAGCGACACUGGCGCAUAUUCUCCCUCUCAGGAACCCUGGAGACGGUCAGGGGUCGAGGGGUGGUGGGUCAGGAGCCGGUGUUGGCGCGACACUCGCCCGCCUUCCAGUACAGCAGCCAUGUCAGCUUGCAGGCGCCUAGCGGCCAUAUGUGGGGAACAUUCAGAAUGGAGCGCGAAGACGGAUACACAUUCGACUGUCGGAUCCCGCCAUUUUCACUCGAAAGCAAACCGGAUGAGGGCGCCCCGGUCGCGCCCACCGCCGCCGCGUGACCUGGCAACACUGACGAACCAUAAACAAUUUAAAAACAUGACACGUUACGCGCCAUUUGUCUAUGGCCAGAAGUCAGAAUAAUCACUGAAUUUUAGUGCUCACAUUCUCAUCUCCCGCUAGCGACGUUGUUUAGAAAAUGUGAUGAUAGAUAUUGUUAUUUUGUAAUAGUCUGGUUCAAAAAUUUAUUUAAGAGCAAGAGUCCAAAUGUUUGUUUUUAUAUUAGGAGAUUACUUUAAUUAGGUGCAUCGUUUAAUAGUUAACAUUUGUGCCGACCCUGUAAGCCGAAAUCCCAUUAGUAAUUUAAUUACAUUAGAAGAUUUUUAAUAAAUUACAGUAUUCUGUUAAUGUA